AUGACCACUACCGACAAGCUGAUCAGCCCCUCCUGUAUCGGCCACUUCGGCCUGCGCACCACCCCGGAAAAUUUCGAGGAGAUGGUGAAAUGGCACAUGGAUUUCUUCGGUGGUACCAUCACUCUCCGUAACCAAAAGGCUCCCUUCAUCGCCUACGAUGACGAGCACCACCGUCUGGUCAUCGUCAACGACCCGAGCCACCGGCACAUCGACGACCGGAAGACUGCCGUGGGAAUAUAUCACAUUGCGUUCACACUAGACAGUCUCUCCGAUCUAGUGAAGAGCUACGAACAGAAAAAAAGGAUCAGAGGCUACCAAAGGAAGAAGAUAACUUUGGUGUAA